AUGAAUACAAAACCUUGGAUUCGACUACUCAGACAUCUAUAUCAGUGUUUCGAAGAUAAUUUUUCUCCCUCGUGUAUUUGUGGGACUGACGAGGUACUAUCGACGGGGGAAUCGAGAAAGACUGCUGCCCAAAACAAGUGGGCAAGUGGACAUAUCUGUUCCUCUCUGUUUCUGCCGCCGCAAAGGCCAGGUGGUAGGCUUCUAUAUCGGGAGUUCUUUGUGGCGGCGCAUUCCUCGUGGGGAUGUAUGCGAGAGACUCUGGGUUAUUUUCUGCUGUGGCCUUCGUUGCAUGAAGUAUUGGGCCUGCGCAUCUCAUUCUAG